AUACACCAACUACACUACCAGAGGUUCAGACAGUGCAGGAAUAAAGGAAAGGCCUGUGUAGCAUACUGCGCACGCGGUAUGUAACCUCUGCAUUAUUUAGUUAGGAUAUCAAACCUAAUCUAAAAUAAUUAACGGUGAGCAAGUGCGACAACGAGACUCGUUGUUAUCAUCAUGAAUAUGGUAUAUCGUCUCGAGAGAGCGUUGAUGCGUUUACGAUCCCUCGGCGUUCUGAGAUCGAGUUCCCUGUCCACGAGAUGUUUCAGCACGAAUAAAGAUUCAGAGGAACAAAGCAAGGAUUCAUCUUCGUCCGUAGAACCAAACGAGAAGGAGCCUACGAUACAAAUAAAAGAAAAUGCAGAAGCAAUUCAGGAGUCUCAGACGAAAUUGAGUGGUUUUGCACAAAGUUACGAAAAGUUCUCACACAUUGACGAUAAAAAGCCAGAAACGCCACAGACGUUUGUUUCCUUAAUUCGCAACUCCAAACUUGUCGAUUUGGGUGAUCCUGAAGGAAAAGUCGUAACUGGUGAAAUAUAUCAUGUGGUUGGUGAUGAUCUGUAUAUUGAUUUUGGAUGGAAGUUUCACUGCGUUUGUCAGAGACCUGUCAAGAAUGGACAAUACUAUGUGAGAAGAUCUAAGGUUCGAUUAAGGAUAAAGGAUUUGGAACUUUCCUCCAGGUUCUUAGGUGCUGAAACAGAUAUAACUCUUCUAGAAGCUGAUUGCACUUUAAUUGGCUUAAUAUCAUCACCUUUACAAAUGGCAGAACAAAAGAUGAAGACAACCAGAAGGCCAAGAAUAUGAAAUAUUU